CCCGCAGCGCCCGCCAUGGGCAACGCGGCCGGGGGGCUGGAGGGGGGCGCGGCCCCGCGGGAGCCCCGCGAUCACCGCCCGCAGCCCGGGGCCCCCCCCGCCGCCGCCGCCCCGCCGCCCCCCCGGCAGCCCAUGCCCGGGGCCGCCGAGCUGGAGGAGCGCUUCGGCCGCGUCCUGAAUUCCAUGAACCUGCCCCCGGACAAGAUGAAGCUGCUCAACCAGUACGACAACGAGAAGAAGUGGGAGCUAAUCUGUGACCAGGAGCGUUUCCAGGUGAAAAACCCUCCGUCCGCCUACAUCCAGAAGCUGAAGAGCUACUUGGACACGGGCGGUGUCAGCAGGAAGUUCAAGAGACGAGUGCAGGAGUCCACGCAGGUGCUCCGGGAGCUGGAGAUUUCCCUGAGGACCAACUACAUUGGCUGGGUCCAGGAGUUCCUCAACGAGGAGAACAAGGGGCUGGACGUGCUGCUGGAGUACCUCGCCUUUGCCCAGUGCUCCGUCGCGUAUGACAUGGAGAGCACAGAGAACAGCAGCCCCGGCUCUGACAAGGGCAAGGAGCGGUCGCUGGAGGACCUGAACAAAAGCACCUCCUCGUCCCCCACCCAGGGCUCCUCCAAAAUGCGGCCCCUCACUGUAAGGCUGAACCCCUCGCACAGCAGGAAGACGCUGCGCAACUCGCGGCUCGUCAGCCAGAAGGACGAUGUCCAUGUGUGCAUCAUGUGCCUCCGCGCCAUCAUGAACUACCAGUCUGGCUUCAGCCUGGUGAUGAACCACCCAGCCUGUGUCAACGAGAUCACCCUGAGCCUCAACAACAAGAGUGCCAGAACCAAGGCUCUGGUGCUGGAGCUGCUGGCCGCCGUCUGCCUGGUCCGAGGUGGCCACGACAUCAUCCUGGCUGCCUUUGACAACUUCAAGGAGGUCUGCGGGGAGAAGAACCGCUUCGAGAAGCUGAUGGAAUAUUUCCGAAACGAGGACACCAACAUCGACUUCAUGGUGGCCUGCAUGCAGUUCAUCAACAUCGUGGUGCACUCGGUGGAGAACAUGAACUUCCGCGUGUUCCUGCAGUACGAGUUCACCCACCUGGGGCUGGACCAGUACCUGGAGACUCUGCGCCUCACCGAGAGCGACAAGCUGCAGGUGCAGAUCCAAGCCUACCUGGACAACGUCUUCGACGUGGGAGCCAUGCUGGAGGACUCGGAGACCAAGACGGCGGUGCUGGAGCACAUGGAGGAGCUGCAGGAGCACGUCAGCCAGUUGACGGAGAAGCUGCAGGAUGCGGAGAACGACUCCAUGGCCAAGAUAGCGGAGCUGGAGAAGCAGCUGAGCCAGGCGCGGCGGGAGCUGGAGGCGCUGCGGGAGCAGCUGAGCCCCCCGCGGCCGCCCAGCCCGCCGUCCCCGCAGCCCCAGGAGUGCUACAGGCUGGCGCUGGAGCGGCGGCUGGCGGAGCUCGAGGAGAAGGGGUUGGUGCAGAUCCUGCGUGGGCCCGACGGAGACGUCGCCAUCGAGAUUGUCCCCGUUGUCAUAGAAACCCCCGCAGCCCCCGUGGUUUCUGGAGAGGCCACUGCCACCGCCGACACCACCGCCUCCUGCACAGAUGCUCCGGCUCUGGCUCCAGCCCCCCCGCCCCCACCAGCACCUGCUGUCCCCCCGCCCCCACCCCCUCCACUCCCCCCACCUCUGCCGGGGGCUGAGCCCGUCCCCCCCCCACCCCCUGCACCCCCUCUGCCACAGGCACCGCCCCCCCCCCCGGCUCCCCCACUCCCGGGUGCCCCAGUGCCGCCACCCCCCCCACCGCUCCCGGGGGGGAUGGAGGGGCCCGUGCCCCCCCCUCCACCACCCCCACCCCUCGGUGGGGAGCCCCCAGCCGGGCCGGGUGCCCCCCCCACUGCCAACAGUUCAGUGAAGGUGAAGAAGCCGAUCCAGACCAAGUUCCGCAUGCCCGUCUUCAACUGGGUGGCCCUGAAGCCGAGCCAGAUCGACGGCACCGUCUUCACCGAGCUCAACGACGAGAAGGUGCUGCAGGAGCUGGACAUGAGUGACUUUGAGGAGCAGUUCAAGACCAAGGCGCAGGGCCCCGCCCUGGACAUCAGUGCCCUCAAGGCCAAGGCCACGCAGAAGGCCCCCUGCAAGGUGACCCUCAUGGAGUCCAACCGGGCCAAGAACUUGGCCAUCACCCUGCGCAAGGGCGGCCGCAGUGUCCAGGACAUCUGCACGGCCAUCGAGACGUACGACCAGCAAGUCCUGAGCCUCGACUUCCUGGAGCUGCUGCUGCGCUUCCUGCCCACCGAGUACGAGCGGACCCUGAUCGGGAAGUUCGAGCGCGACCAGCAGCCGCCAGAGGAGCUCUCGGACGAGGAUCAGUUCAUGAUCCGCUUCAGCAAGAUCCCGCGCCUGGCCGAGCGCAUGAACGUCAUGAUCUUCCUGGGCAGCUUCGGUGACACAGCCCAGCUGCUCAUGCCGCAACUCAACGCCAUCAUCGCCGCCUCCAUGUCCCUCAAGUCCUCCAGCAAACUGCGCCACAUCCUCGAGAUCGUCCUGGCCUUCGGGAACUACAUGAACAGCAGCAAGCGUGGAGCUGCCUACGGCUUCCGGCUGCAGAGCCUCGACGCGCUCCUGGAGAUGAAGUCGACAGACCGCAAGCAGACGCUGCUGCAUUACCUGGUGCGGGUGAUCAUGGAGAAGUACCCGGAGCUCACCGGCUUCCACACCGAGCUGCACUUCCUCGACAAGGCAGGCACAGUGUCCCUGGACGGCGUCCUGCAGGACGUGCGGAGCCUGCAGCAGGGCAUGGAGCUGACCCGCAGGGAGUUCAUGAGACAGGACGACAGCCCCGUGCUCAAGGACUUCCUCAAGGUCAACUCGGAGGUGAUGGAGAAGCUGCAGGCUGACAGCAAAACCGCCAAGGAAGCAUAUGAGUCAGCUGUGGAGUAUUUCGGGGAGAACCCCAAGACCAGUCCCCCCACCACCUUCUUCCCCAUGUUCAUGCGCUUCAUCAGAGCCUACAAGAAAGCAGAGCAGGACAUCGAGCUGUGGAAGAAACAAGAGGCUGCGGCCAAAGAGGCGGAAUCCGGCUCCCCUGGCAGCGAGCAGCAGCCCGAGCUGCCUGUCCAGAAGGCCAGGAGGCAGCAGAUGGACAUGAUUGCUGAGCUGAAGAAGAGGCAGAUGGUGAAGGAGCCACUCAUCUACGAAGGCAAAGAUGGGGCCAUCGAGGAUAUAAUUUCAGCUCUCAAAACUGUCCCUUUCACGGCCCGGACGGGCAAACGCUCGUCCCGGCUCUUCUGCGACAUGAGCUUCAACGAGGAGAGCCCUCUGUAGAUCUGCGGAACAACCCGUACCGGCGGGGGGACAAGGCCCGCGGCAGCGCC